AUGACCCACGACAAGACCUCAACUCAACUCAGUAACGGCGACACGUCUACGAGCAGCAGCGAAAAGAUUACCACAAUCUCACCGUCGACCAAUCAGCCCAUCCUGACCAGAGACUCUGCAACGUCGUCGCAGAUCGAGCAACUGCCUCAGAAAUCGCGAAAAGCAUACAUAUCCUUUCGAAAGUCUCAUCCGAAUCUCUCCUCCCGUAUCGAAAUCCUCAAUAAAUUCCUCGGCUUACUGUCUGAAAAGUGCGAUGUCCUUUCAGAAGAGCUUACUACCCAAAUGGGUAGACCCAUUGCAUAUACCCCAGUGGAGAUCAAGACCGCGAUCAAAAGGGCGCAAUACCUGAUCGAUAUUGCUCCUGAAGUGUUGUCAGAAGAGGUUUCCGUGCUGGGCAAAGUCGAGCCCAACUUCAAGCGAUACCUGCAGAGAUCUGAACCACUAGGUGUAAUUCUGGUUAUCUUUGCUUGGAAUUACCCAUACCUGAUCCUCGUCAACAGCUUGGUACCUGCGAUAUUGGCAGGCAAUGCAGUCAUUCUGAAGCCCAGUCCUCAGACACCUACCAUCGCCGAGCACGUAGUUGAGAUGCUAGAGGAGGCGGGUUUACCCAAGGACGUUGUUCAAUAUGUUCAUGCUGGCAAGGUCGAAGACUUGAAACCCUUGAUUCAGAGCCCCCAGGUUGACCAUAUUUGUUUUACAGGUUCUGUCGCUGGUGGUCAGGCUGUUCAACGCCUAGUGAUAGAAGGUGGCAGGGGCAUAAGAGUUGGCGUUGGUCUUGAGCUUGGAGGCAAGGACCCUGCAUAUGUCAGAGAAGACUUUGCUGGUGACCAAGCAGGAAUCAAGUGGGCCGCAGAAGAGAUUAUUGACGGCGCCAUUUUCAAUAGUGGUCAAAGUUGUUGCGCGAUCGAGCGCGUUUAUGUCCAUGAGAAAGUGUACGACGACUUUCUAGACGAGUGCAAGAAGGUCCUGGAAGGCUAUAAAGUGGGCAAUCCUUCCAACAAAGAUACACAGAUUGGACCAGUUGUGAGCAAGCGAGCAAAGGACACGAUCCUGAAGCAGGUCUCUGAUGCGGUCAAGGCUGGUGCGAAGGACGAAACACCAGCCAACAGCACUUUUUCCAACCUCGACCCCGCUGGUAACUAUGUCGCGCCUGUAUUGCUUUCGGGAGUCAAUCACGAGAUGGGUAUCAUGAUGGAUGAGACUUUCGGACCAGUGGUGCCGGUACAGAAAGUAUGUUCCGAUGAAGAGGCAAUCAGAUUGAUGAACGAUAGCCAAUUCGGACUGACAGCUUCAAUCUGGACAAAGGACGUGUCGAAAGGUGAAGAAUUAGUGCCAUCAGUUGAGGCAGGAACUGUGUUCGUUAAUCGAGCAGAUUAUCCCAGCCCUGAUCUUGCCUGGACGGGCUGGAAAGACAGUGGAAAGGGGGUCACCCUAAGUCGCUUCGGCUUCGAGCAAUUUGUCAAAGUCAAGAGCGUGCAUAUUAAGAACUAUCCUAACUCAACAGGCUGA